UAAAAUUUUAAUAGCUAUGCGUAUAUAAUUACGAAUUUUAAGUAAGAUGUAGUCCAGUGAGAGUAUAGUCUAGGGUUAAAGGCUUUAAAAACAGUUCAGCGAACAAUUUCAAGGAAAAAAAGUUGGUAAUCGAGUAAACUUUACAUGCGUAUUUCUCGCGAUUGCUAAGCCACGCGAAAUUUUUGUGACUGAGGAAUUAAUCUCGGGUCGACAGGCUAUCGGAUCGUGACGCUUUUUUUUAACUACAUCGACACCGAAUAAUGAAAAUCUCUUAGUACUGGCCGAAACGCUCACUGGUGAUCUCCGCUAAGUGUUCUCGUUGUCGUCGCCGAAGACAAUCGGUGAUAGUUGAGUGUACUCCCUGAGGGAAGCGAGUUUCACGUGAAGACAAUAAAGCAGCAUCUAUAUCUUUCUCAUCACAUAAGACAAGCGCAUUCUCUGAACAUUGUGCUAAAAUGUCGCAGAUACCGGAGAUCAUGGAGCAAAAUGAUGGCCUGAAAAGGAAGCCAACUCUUGUUAGACGAGUUUCCGAUAUGUUCAAGGAUGGAAACUACAGCGGGCCUCCAAGGCUGUUUCGACACGCAUCAAUGCAGAAGAUCCGCCAUUGCUGUCAGAAUCUGAACCUACUGCCGUAUCUCCUCUACUCCUUCGACAAUUCCAAGUCGCAUCCGAUAGCGCGCAAGAUGCACGUCUAUCUCAGCUAUUUUCUUCAGGAGAUCACGAUCAGUCUCCUGGUCACGUAUGAGAGUUUGCGUCGAUCUGUGCUGCACGGGAUUCGUGACGAGAAGUCGAGCAACGCGCAAAAAGUGACCAUAGAAACAAAUGACAAUUCUGCUAAUCCUGCCGCGAGGUUCAACAGGGUUAAAAAGCUGAAACGCAAGCAUUCGUGCUAUCUAACUGCGGGCGUAUAUCUCGUGCCAUUGCUGCUUCUUUCCCAGAUAAUGACCUUAUGCAGUCUGACGAUUUUCGGCAAAUACACCCCCGGUUUCAUCUUCCUGAUUACCUCGCUGCUCUUUCUCGGUUAUAUCGCAUUUAAAAUAAUGUUACACCAGACUGUGCUGUAUGACGUCAAAAGAUGUGAGAGGAAAAAGAUACAGUGAUCUUCUGUCUCGUCGUUUUCAUUGUCACUUUUAUCAUUUAAAGACAACAGAACGGAGAAGACUUCGCAUUCGGAGUUUGCGUAUCACAUGGUAUCAAAUAUUAUCUUUUAUGCACAAUCGACACGAUAUUAACAUAUGUUAACAUGUUCACGUUGAUAAAAUUCCGAUAGUUCUUCCAUUUAUCUUGAUACGUUGAGCGUUAUUUCUUCACACAACGUUUCCGUGAUCAUUAGUUUCAUCUAUGUUAUAUUACGUUCGUCUAUGUCUUCCUUUUUUUUUUUAUACGUUGUUAAAACUAUUAAGCAGGGAUCGUGUAGAUGCAUAGAAUACACUGCGAAGAAGAUGUCUUGUUAUAAGUUAUAAUGUAUAAAUGCAAUAACAUGUUCUAAGCAUAAUUUUGAUUGUUCUCAAGCAUAAUCUCGGAGAACUGUGCUGGCAUUCUUCUUUACAAGAAGCAAAUAUUGCGAGUAUCUUUGUUCUCUGCAGCAUAAGACUGAGAAUUUAUUUUUAACGUACAUAUUUGUAAAUAAACGUGCGAAUGAUAUAUGUGUAUAUAUAUAACUGAAGGUGGGUUUGUAAAAUUGUCCUGUUACGGCAAGAAAAACGCAAGAUCUAGACCUUGACGUGUCUAUUGAAAGUGAGUCCGAUCUGUGAUGGUGUGGGUACAAAAAUGAUAUCUCACGGGCACUUACAAUACCACUUAAUUAUACGCGAUAAGAGUUUAUUUUAUGCGUAAAGAGUCGAAUUAUAAAAAUACGCCUUUAGCGAUCGUACCUACCGAUAUCGUUUUCUACUUAAAAUAAAAGAACAACUAAUAAUACUUUUA